UUCUUGUGUCAGAGCCGUUGCAGUCAUAGUCAGAUUUUUAUUUUGAAUUGGAAGUUUUUAUUGUUUUUCACGGUUUUUAUCGCAAAAUAUAGCUCUAAAUUUCAGGUGAAUAAACACGUAAUCGUGAUUAUUCAUCCAAACUUUAGAAAUGGCUUCGCCAGAUGGGUCACCGAAAUUCGCCUACAAACUUCCGGAGAAACUAAUUAAAAAUGCAAUGGAUAUGGCUAGGUGGGAGCAGUCAGAGGCCUAUUACGAUCUUUUGGGUUUCAUCAGCACCAUGUGUGUGGCUCUGCAGGCCACUAAGCAAAGCCAAUCGGUGGAAAUAAAUCCAGUUAUACAGAAGUUAAUAGAUGCAUUAAAGCGGCUGGAACAAUUAGCAAUUGAAACCCCACCGGUAGAUCAACCAGCAAGGUUUGGCAAUGUCGCCUACAAGACCUGGUUCCAGAAGAUGCAAAACGAGAGUUUGGAUCUCAUCACUGGUGCCCUGCCGGAUAAUCUCAAGGAUGCCGCUCCGGAGCUCAAUUUAUACUUUGUGGAGUCAUUUGGCAAUGCAACCAGGAUUGAUUACGGGACUGGGCACGAACUUUCGUUCUUAAUGUUUCUGAUGUGUCUUUUUAAAAUUGAGGCCAUUGAUCGAAAGGAUGAAGUCGCCGUUGGUUUGCGCCUAUUUCAUCAGUACCUGAAUUUCGUGCGAAAGUUACAGGUAACAUACCGAAUGGAACCAGCUGGAAGUCAUGGCGUGUGGAGUCUCGAUGAUUUUCAGUUCGUCCCAUUCAUUUGGGGUAGUGCUCAGCUAGCCGUCAAUAGUCCCAUCGAUCCAGCGAAGUUUGUCGAAGACGAAACAAUUGAUGAGUAUCGGAAGGAGUUUCUUUUCAUUGGAUGUAUUGACUACAUCAGGCAGGUCAAAACUGGACAUUUUGCUGAACACUCGAAUCAGCUGUGGAGCAUAAGUGCUGUACCGUCGUGGGCAAAAAUUAGCACUGGGCUUAUUAAGAUGUACCAAAAGGAGGUACUCUCAAAGUUUCCUGUUAUUCAGCACGUUUAUUUUGGUUCGAUUCUUACCUUGAAUCCUGUGAAGCCAGGUACGAAGCUACCGAAUCCUCGGUUGGGCCAGUUACCGCGGCAAAUGGGACCACCGGCUCCGCCCAAGUUUGCACCGGAAUAAAGCAAGUGAGAUUGAUAGUAGUGUGAUCAUAUUAUAAAUUAAACGCGCUGAAUAAAUUAUUCAAUAAAAGUUUCAACGAUGCAGGUAGUUUGAUCAGAAA